AUGGCCGCGGACGACUCGUACACGGCAGCUGACGAGCGCGCCCGUGCCGCCCGGAGGGCGGGCAUCCAGGCGAAGAAGGACGAACAGCCGGCGAACACGGCGCGGAGUUACGCGGCGAAGCAGCGGGAGUGGAAGGCGCGUCCCCCGGCCGGUCCUCCACUUCGAUCCCUGUCACACGGCUCGCUCUAUAGCUGGCCCGACGGCGAGCUCGUAACGCCGGACAAGCUGGCGGCGUGGCUCAAAGAGGAUAUCCUGUUACGACGCGUUGUGCCGCCGCAGAAGAAGAAGCCGCGCGCGCGGGGCCUCGCGACGGCUGCAGUAGACCUUACCGAAGGGUCUUUGCUUACGAGGGGCACUAUCGACGCCUAUAUCGCGGCCGUUAUCGAGCUAUGGAGGCUCCAGGUGGCUCACGGCAACUCGAAUACGGAGAAUCCCCGGGGCGCCGCCGCCGGCUACCUCCCCGAUGAAUGGCUUCGGAUCCAGGAUCUCCUUCUCACUGGCGCCGCGUAUACGCCGCAAAACCUCCGUACGCGAGUCGACCUCCUCUUCGGCCACUACUACCUCUUACGGGGGGAGAACCGCCGCAAGAUGGAGCUUGCAGACCUGUCCCUACUCGACUAUCCGCCUUCGGAAGGGCCGACCGCCUGUGGUUGCCUGGACUGGUAUCGGAUCAAGGUCCUCGUCGGGCGGGACCGCGAGCAGGAGCUCUCGUACCCGACGCAGCUACAAGAGACCUGGCGUAUCUUCGGCGCUGCCGGCCUUAUCGCGUCGAAGAAGACGCACCUCCCGCGCAGGGUGGGCGCCCAGGACGCGGAGACCCAUGGCACGUCGCUCGCCCAGAUCUCGCAGGCCGGCCGCUGGAACCAGAGCGUGCUCUGCCAGGCAUAUCUUACGCACCUACCGCGGCAGUUCAUGCGUAUCGUCGCCGGCUUCUCGGCCUCCCGGGGACUACUUCGCGCGUGCGGCUCACGAACCCCCGGGCCCGAGUGGGACGAGUUCGCCGUCGCCGUGCGGUCCACCGCGGUAGGGGCUAUGGAGCCGGGCGGCCUCGAUGCCCUCCUCCAAGGCAAGGUCCCUAUCACCUUUACCGGUUACUUCGGAGCCGGGCAUGCCUAUCGUCACAGCCCUGGCAAGGGUCUUUACGGUGGGGACGUCUGGAAGGAGUGGGAGGAAGGAGUGCAGUUCUGUCGCCGGAAGGUGAUCUGGGACGAGCUGUUGGCCCGUAUGGCGUCCGGCAAAUGCAAGGAGGCGGCCGUUGCAGAGCUAGAGCUGUUACGCGCCGGCCGAAGCUUGAACCGACUCGUCGACGAACUCAAACAGCGCCGACGGCGGGGCCAGGAUCGGGGCCAGGGCCAGGGCCAGAUACGGGUCCAACUCGAGGUCAGGGCCGUCGGGGGCGGAGGACCCGGCUGGGAAAGCGGACCGCCCCUCGUCGACGCAGUCAUUACGUAUGCUGCCAAGUAUUGCAGCAAAUCGGAGAAGAAGACGGAGCCUUACUGCAAGCUCGCAGAUCAGGUCUUGCCGCAUACAGCACACCACCAGCCCCUGUUGUCCUUCUCCUCUCGCCUUAUGAAUAAGUUGAUUGCCGAGCGAGAUUAUUCAGCGCAGGAAAUUUCCCACUUGCUGCUCAACAUCCCUCUGCAGGAAGGCACUCGGAUGGUUGUGUACGUCGACUGCCGCCCGUUGGAGCAGCAUGCGCGGUCGUACCGCGUCGACGAGGAUUCCUACAAUCUCAAGAGGUGGAGGAGACUCGGUGCGAACGCGAAGAAGAGGGUCCUGUCCUACUUCCCUCGGUACAGGUCAGCGGAGGCGUCACCCCAAUUUCAUGACUUCUGCCGUGUCAAAUUGAUGAUGGCCCAUCCGCAUCGCUCUCCGGAGGAGCUGCUUGCUGUGGACGGGCAGCGGUUUGAAUCAUUUGCGGCGGCGUACCAGUGCUGCCGGCAGCGACACCAUUUCCAUGAGGACGACCAUUACGGGGUGGGAGCAAAUGAGCUGCAGGCAGAGGACGAUGAGUUUGAGCGGGAGGAGCACGAAGAGCCUGUCGUGGAGGAAGAUUGGCAUGAACUCGCCCGUAUGCUGCCAGACCAUCCGCUGGAGGAGGACGAUAUCGACGUGCUGGGCCGGCGAGAUGUCGACGUCAAUUAUGACUGGACUUCCCACGUUGGACGGUAUACCGAUGACGGCAUUCUCCACGGCGACUUCUGGAAGCAACGCAAAGCCGAAAACCCCCUUCACCUUGAUGUGGAUCAUCAGCCGCUGGAGGCUCGCGAUUCCCUGAAUCCGGAGCAGCGCCUAGUGUACGAUACGGUGAUGGGCCACUUUCUGACCCAGGCCUGCUCCCAGUUGUUACUCCAUGUGGACGGUGGCGGUGGCACGGGCAAAUCGUACCUUAUCAAUCUGCUCUCGGAGCACCUCCAAGCCGCCUCGGGAGGAAGAGGCACGCCCGUUUGGCGUGCCGCGCCCACGGGCGUUGCGGGAAAUCAGAUAUCGGGCACCACCUUGCACUCCCUGCUGCACCUCCCCAUCAACAAGGACUUCAAGCCCCUGUCAGCGAUCGACAAAGCUCAGCUCCAGAAGAAGCUGAAGAAUGUCAAGUACCUGAUCGUCGAUGAGAAGAGCAUGCUGGGUCUGCGACAGCUGUCAUGGAUUGAUGACCGUCUCCGUGAGGCGUUUCCGAAUAGGAAUGAGGAGUUCUUUGGUGGUCUUAAUAUCCUCCUGGUUGGCGACUUCUUUCAGCUUCCCCCCGUACUGCAGAAGCCUCUUUAUUACGACAAGGAGGUGCAGGGAGUAGAGAUCAAGGGCAGGAACGCAUAUCGGCGCUUCGACAAGACGGUUUUCUUGAAGGUUGCCCAGCGUCAGCGCGGCGACGAUCAGGGAGCGUUUCGCUCAGCUCUUGAGGAAUUGCGGUUGCUCCAACUAUCUAUGGAGUCCUGGAAGCUCCUCUCCAGCCGCGUGCAGGCGAAGCUGGACGAUCAGGAGGUUGCCAGGUUCGUCAAUUCCCUGCGAGUAUACGCCACGAAAGACAGGGUCAUGGCUAAGAACGUUGGCCCCGAUGCUGCUGCUGCUCCUGACGACAAGCCGGUUGGCCUCUGCAACGGUGCACGUGACCCUCCUUGCGUGAUUAUGAUGGAGUUUGACAAGUACACGGGGCCAGUAUUCCUGACCACCUCAGAUGGCAGGAAGAUUGUCCCAAUUCUGCCAGUAAACAGGGACUUCCUCGUCGGAUCCACACUCUGCACUCGCACGCAGUUUCCCCUGAUCGUAUGCUACGCCAUUACGGUUCACAAGUCGCAGAGCAUCACCGAAGACAUGAUCGUGACAGAUCUGUCCUGCCGUGACUUUCAGACCGGUUUGAGCUACGUGGCCGUCUCGCGUGUGAAGACGCUGCAGGGUCUGAUGCUGGAUGCGCCGUUUGACCGCAAUCAUCUGACUUACGCGUCGCCGCCGGAAGGAAUUAAGAUGAAAAUGAGGGAUCAGCAACUUCGCAAACGACAGGUUCUCGUCCAUAAUCCGUACAAGAUAGGCCACGGGCCUACGUAA